CAUACCCUCGAAAACUCCAAGCAUCCAGUCUAAAUCUGCCUUUGCCGAUAAGCUCUGGCUCAUCUCUCGUUUCGGGAUCUGUUUUGUUCGUUUUCACCCUCGACAGUCCAAUCUGGCUAUUGACUGUGGCCAAUGGGUGCGGGCCUUCCUCCUUUUGUCUCUUAUCGUGAAUGCAAUGCCUGUUCGGCUGGAAACCCUCUAAUCAGACGAAGUGGCGGCCAAGUCGUCAGACAGCCAAGGCGACUCAAGCGAAGGCGACUCAAGUCAGUCUACCAGCGUUGAGGUCGCAUCUCUCGAGUCGGAAGCUCUUUUGCGGAAGUAGCACUUCUCUACAUCGUUUGUCAAAGAUUGCCUCUUUCCGACCGUGGAAGACGAAGCCUGCCACAGCUAUUGCAGCAACGAUCUUCCCAACGGCAUGGGGCUCCACGAUAGAUACAGUAGGAAGUAUGUUAUCGUCGUUGUCGUUCAGUCCGUGGACUGGGCCCGAGUGCUCCCAGACAGAGUGAAGCCUUUGGGGUGGAUGAUGAAGCCCUGCGCAUCUGCUCUGUUAUCAGCUUACUCGGCUCUGGGGUUAGGAAGUUCCGACGAAAUAGGGGACUGAAUAGUCCAGUCUACAGCAAAUACUGGACUACUGGCCCUGUCUUGUCGUUCCUGCGAGGCUUUCAGGGG